AUGAAGGGCGGCUACAUUGAUGACCACAUCAACAAUGGUCACAACAACUCCCUCGCCUACCGCUUCACCCACUGGUCUCUUGUAGACAUCUUCAUCUACUUCAGUCACCACAUGGUCACUAUUCCCCCGAUCGCUUGGACCACCGUCGCCCACCGCAACGGCGUCCGCUGUUUUGGCACCUUCAUCAUCGAGGAGCCGCCAGAGACGGAGGUAGAUGAGGGCCGCUUUUUACGCGAGUACUACAUGGGCAUGGUCAACAAGACGCUCGCCGAUGUGGAGACCGUGGAGAAGGUCACCUCCAUUCUUGCCCGCAUCGCCGCCUUCUACCGCUUUGACGGCUGGCUGGUGAACAUUGAGGCACCGAUGGCCAAGGAGAAGAUUCCCCUGAUGGAGCUUUUUCUGCGGUCGCUUCGCGCGAAGACCAAGGCGAUUCUGGGCCUGCCGGAACGGGACAUUGCCGUCAUUUGGUACGACGCCGUCACCUCGGACGACGGCUCCCUGGCCUGGCAAAAUGAGCUCAACUUUCGCAACCAGGAGUUCUUCGCCGCAUCGGACGCCAUCUUCCUCAACUACUGCUGGACGGAAGAGCACUUGGACCG